CAAAGAAAGCGAAAAAAUAGCGCGGUUAGGUUGAUUCGUAAGAUGCGUGCAUAAUGCGUGUAUACAGUGUAUUAUUUGAGAAACUGUUUCUCCCUGUUUAUAUCAAACACAUUUGAGUGGUUCGUAAACUUCAGACGCGUGUAAGGAAACAUGCGCAAGUCAUCAAUUCUUCAGCAAUCUGCGAAUAAGAAGUUUAAUAGCCCCUUCCUGAAGCCUCUAUCGACUGCUUCGCCUGUGAUAGAAAAGGUACAGACAGAUCGUCACAUUGCUGCGACUGGAUCUGACAAUGGGGUUCGGAAAAGAAGUAUCAGCGAUAUAAUGAACCUUGUUAAUCAACCACCACCUGCACAAGAUGCGACGAAGAAGGUCCGUGUUGAGCAUUCAGCUAGUGCGACACUAAGCCCCAGCUUUGGUUCACCACAUGCUGAGAGCUGUCACGAAAGUCCGCCAACACCACCGGCACCAGCUAAGAGUACAGGAACGCAGUUGCCCCUGUCUGAAGGAUCGGGAGCCACUAACAAUGCUCGUUACUACAGUGUCGUCUGGUGCAAGAAAUCCACGAAAAAACACAAGAAGUGGGAAGGCGAUGCUGUACUCAUCAUCAAAGGACGGUCGGCCACAUUGAGAAGCCUGGAGGGAAAAGAAUUGGCAUCUGCGUUUGGGUACAAAGUGAAGGAGGUCGAUGCAAUCGAAGAAGGAAGCAUUUUCGGCAUUGGUGGCAAAGAAUGUGAGAUCCAAGCAUCCAUAUCUACUGAAGAGUAUUUAUCGGGAUGCUGCUUCAGUGACGGCUUUGUACCUGCAGCCACGCAAGAAGACUCAAACCUGUCAAGUUCAGCACCUAGACUUAAGACAUCGGCACAACAAAAUGCCACAGUCAAGUUCCCAGCUUUCAGAAGUCCUCAUGUGGGAGGCCUUCCCUCUAAUGUGAGCAGCAAAAAGGUUUUCAACCCACCACCCUGUCCACAGAUCAAGCCGGACUCGCUAGUCAUGCCACGCCCAAACAACAUUCACCAAUGGGACAACAACAAGAAGAACCUCCCUGUUACAGACGUAGUCGUUGAAGACUCGCUUGCCCGAUGUCUGAGACCUCACCAGCGAGAAGGCGUCGUGUUCCUCUACGAGUGUAUCAUGCAGAUGAGAGCAUUUGAUGGAUGCGGUGCUAUUCUGGCGGAUGAAAUGGGCCUUGGAAAGACUCUUCAGUGCAUCACACUGAUAUGGACGCUACUGAGGCAAGGACCAUAUGGAGGCCAGCCAUGUCUCCGCAAAAUCAUCAUUGUGACACCGAGUAGCCUUGUUAAGAAUUGGGUCAAAGAGUUCAAGAAAUGGCUGCAGAACAGAAACCUCCGAGUCUACCACGUCGACCAAAAUAACAAAAUUGACGUCUUUCUAAAUCAGCCAUCUACGUAUCCCGUGCUGAUUCUUUCGUAUGAGAUGUACAUGCGCAUCAGCAAUAGCCUCGCUGGCAUCAACUUUGACCUGCUCAUCUGCGACGAGGCACACAGGUUGAAGAACGCCAACAUCAAAACCACGGAGUCUCUACACAACUUGGGAACGUUACGUAGAAUCCUGCUGACAGGGACACCUGUUCAGAAUGACCUGCAAGAGUUUUUUGCCCUUGUUGAUUUCUGCAAUCCUGGGAUACUGGGCAAGUCGUCAAGUUUUCGUCGCAUCUACGAGGAACCCAUUCUGCGGUCACAACUUCCGGGGGCCACAGAGGAAGAGAAGGAGCUAGGCCAGGCACGGGCCAACGAGCUGAUGCAGGCCACCUCGCCGUUCAUUCUUCGCCGGACCCAGGAUGUCAUUCAAAGCUACCUUCCUGGGAAAGUUGAGUGUGUUGUCUUCUGCCGCCCGCAACCACUUCAACUAGCACUCUACCAAAACAUGCUGAAAACAAACAUGGUGCGAGCUUGCCUAAGCAGUUAUCUGUCGACUGAUGCCAAUUGCCACCUGGCUUGCAUUCUGGCUCUUCGGAAACUCUGCAACCAUCCCUUACUUGUUGCGUCCCAGGAAUUUGCCGACAAGGACGACGACGCAGGCUUGGCCGCUCUACAUGCCGAAGCUCGCAGAGUCCUCCCUCCUGAAUUCAAUCCGAUGACGAUGGACCUUGAAUCGGGCUCUGGAAAACUCAUGGUUUUGGCUGCCAUGCUUCAUUCUCUAUGGACCUCCCUGCCUCGGGAGAGGAUAGUCCUGGUCUCUAACUUCACAAAGACUCUGGACAUCCUUGAAGAUGUGUGCAUGCAGAAAGGAUAUCCGUUCUUGAGGCUGGAUGGGUCGACGUCAUCGACACAGCGCUUGGAGCUUGUCGAGCGAUUUAACUCUCCACAUUCAAACUGCUUUGUGUUCCUGCUCAGCUGUAAGGCAGGCGGUGUUGGGCUGAACCUUGUGGGAGCCAGUCGUAUUGUUUUGUAUGACGUAGACUGGAACCCUGCAAACGACCUGCAAGCCAUGGCACGUGUUUGGAGGGACGGCCAAUCUCGUCACGUUUCCAUUUACAGACUCCUGACCACGGGCACCAUCGAAGAGAAGAUCUUCCAGCGGCAAGUGACAAAACAGGAACUCAGCGGAGCUGUUCUAGAGAACAAGAAGGAUGGAAAGAGAGCCAAGUUUUCCCUCGAAGACCUGAAGGAUCUGUUCACGCUCGAUGAUGAAACCACUAGCUCGACUCACAAGCUGCUGAGUUGUAGGUGCGACAGUGUGGAGGAAACAGACGACGAUUUUUCUGGCAGUCACGCCCGAGCUGAUGCUGUAGCAGAGCCAAGUGACACACCCAAGCGUUCAUCUCAACUGGGCAGCGCAACAACUCACAGCAUCAUCAGAAAGAAGCUUGGCAUGAGCGACUUGUUGCGGUGGGAACACAUUGUGGCGCCAAUUGGCGAGCAUUUUUUGCAGGACCCUCACCUGGUUGCUGCAGAAGAAAACAUCACAUUUGUUUUCCGGAACACCGUCUCUAAAGCACAAAAAGAAAAUGUUAGUGCGCAUCUGUAGGCAUUUUGUUCACUAUCUUUCUGUAAAAUGUGUGUGUGAACGAACACCACUACUUCGUCAUGUUCAUUAUCAUAUUUGUCAUAUAUGUUGUUUUUAUCUGACCAUGAACAAUCAUAUUUAUGUCAGUUUCAAUGUACAGCAAAACUAAUAAAGAAAUUGCU